CAUGUCAGAGUGCGAAUGGACAUGCACUUUGGCUGCGUUAAUCUGUGCACUUGUCACAGCCUGUGAUACACUGCGGCUCCGAGACCUGCAGUGCGUCCUAUAUAGGACCCGACAAUGAAGAUGACGAUGAACUCUAUCUUCAUCUACCUUCCUUCCCGCGGUGCAGCCCAUACUCACCUAACAUGUCUCAGCCUAGUCUCCAGGUGAAGCGUGUCGACCAUGUCUACAACAUGAUGACACGUAUGUGGACGUACGAGGAUACCAAAGUCCUCGUUGAGCCACAAAUCCUGCGCGGCGGCAAGAUGUCAGACGGCUCGGACGCCUGGCAGUCGUACUGCUUCGUGGUCGUACGCAAGAUCCCUCCGGGGAAUUCCUCUCCGGGUACAGAACCUACGGUGUCGCUCACGAUCAAGAGCCCGUACUUGGUGGCUGCGUGCAAGAAUGUCAUCGGGGAUGUUCCCACGAUGUCCUGGACGGUUGACCCUCUGGAGCUUUCCACAGAUCUGUUGAUCGCGUUCUUCUCGCGAUUUGUCGCGUACCGAGACGAACUUGAAAGCAAGGCCGACCGCUCGAGCGAGGAGGGAAACAUCCUUGAUGACCUCCAACUUCUCAUAGGAUACUUGCGUGAGGACCACCAGAAUACUAUUUCCCAAAUCGAUAACCUCCUCGAACACGGAGAGAUCACGUAUGAUCUGCUCUAUGCCAUCCUCAUUCCCGGUACGCGGCUCGCCAGCACGGAUUCCUCGACAGGGGAGCCUUGCGCCCUCAAACUCAAUAGCUGCGCGAGGGGGCCUAUGUUCCAUGUACUUUCUUGCACGGGAGUCGACGUCCUGGACAUGCCGCAGCCACAGGUCCUGUUCGGCGACAAUGUUGCUGGUACGCCUUCGCAGACAGCGCAAGCUGCAAAGCCCCCGCGGUUCGGUAAGGUUCAGCGCCCGCUGAACUUAGCACGCUUUGAGGGAGUCAUCAAAAUCAACAUGCUACCUGUCUACCCCAUGAAAUACCACAGUGACGAAGCAGGAUUGAAGGAGGUGCUCCUCGCUCGGGCUCACAGAUGGAUGACUUUGAAUGGCGUGCACCAUGUGCACUACCAGGGGACAGCUGUGAGCGCGGCAAACUCGCCCAUGGGCAAGACGUACAUAAAAUACGAGGUGCACCGUUUGCUUCUCAAUUUGGAUUACAGUAUUGACCGAAAUAUCGACAAGAUUGAUUCCAGGAUCAUGAUCGACAGAGGGACAUUCAAGCAUCACAACGCAAACUAUCAGAUACCUCAAGCCCAACCACUCAAUGAUACAGCUCAACAGGGCUUUUACCCUCCACCCGUGGCACAGACUGAUACUCUGCAUGUCAUGAACGCUCCCGAAAAGCAUCGAGUCGAACUGUCAGACGACGAUCUCAUCCUGGCCUCGCCUGUAUUAUACGGCUUCAGUUUGUCCGACAAGUUGUGGCUCGAGUUCAAUGUCGAGAAGGUCCGCCCAAUCGUGUGGUCCGACGAGCCCUUCACGAACCUCGUGCUCCCGGGUAACCGGAGAGACCUCCUGCGAUCCCUCGUAGAGGCGCAUAACUCCAACCUCGACUUCGACGACUUCGUCCACGGGAAGGGACAAGGUCUCGUCAUCAACCUGUUUGGCCCCCUGGACGAGCACCUCAAGCGGCCGCUGUACAUGAUCGGGGGUGGGGAGCUCGGGGCUGACGCAAACACCGUUGAUACCACCCUGAAGCGCGUCUUCAGUAUAGCUGCCAGCUGGAGUGCUAUUGUCCUCAUUGACGAGGCCGAUGUAUUCCUGGAGCAGCGCUCAUUGCAUGAUCUGACGCGCAAUGCUAUGGUCGCAGUCUUUUUGCGGCACGUCGAGUACUACCGCGGCAUUCUAUUCCUCACCACGAACAGGGUCAAGGCCUUUGAUCCAGCCUUCCUGUCCCGGAUUCAUGUCGCUCUCCGCUUCCAGGAACUGAGCAAGGAAGCGAAGCUCCAAAUUUGGCAUGCUUUCCUUCAGAAGGUCAAGGUGGACGACCUCACGGCGGACGAGCUAGACAAUCUCGUCAGUCGGGAGGUCAACGGGCGCCAGAUCAAGAAUGCUACCAGGACCGCGAUAUCGCUGGCGAGAAGUCGUGGGGAACAGCUGGGAUAUAAGCACCUUGCUGAGACCCUUGAUGCGAUGGAAGAGUUCGCGUCAUCGUAGGGCGCGUUGGCGGCAGCAGUAAGCCAGAUUGUAAUUCAUAUAGCAUUAGGUUCUCUUGUGUGUACAGUGGACUGACAGAUGGGACAUGAUUCAACCUGAUACUUUUCCGAAUACUGGUUCAUGUUGAGUAGUGGGACCAAGAGCGAAAUGCGAAUUUGACGACGAAUUUGAUUCCUA